AUCACAUUUUGGAACUACAUUGUAGUACGAAAACAUAAAAAUAGUCGCAAUCGCAAAAACCGAAUAAAACUUGAAUCCGUCAAUCCAAUUUCUAUUACAGAUACUUUGCAUACGCCGUUCAUUUCCCAAUAAUCACAACAUGAACGCCGUUUUAAAUAAUCGCCCAUGCUACCAUCCGCUUGGUGAGGGCAUCCUAGGGUAUUUCUGGGGGGAAAUCGAAUUAGUCUAGGGGUACGUCGUCGAGACCACCUGGCAACACUGGGACAAACAUUAAAAUAGCUAUAAUAAAGUAAUAAACUGUUUAAAUUCUGUCUCUAUUUUAUACCCAAUCGAAAAAGUAUCUAUUUUAUAUUUUAAGUAAUAUUUAUACGAAUACAAUUCACUAUGUCUGGACGUGGAAGAUUUCGUGGCCAUAAAAACGAUAGAAAUCAAGGUCACAAGUCUUUGUCUUCUGUAGCAAGAGAAGCUGCUAUUUCUUUACCGGAUGAUAGUCCUGUGCUGCAAAUGUUCAAAAUUGUUGCUCAAAAGCUAAAUGAUCGUCAAGAUCGACAUGAGCGAUUGGUCAAGCUUUCUAGAGAUAUUACAAUUGAAAGUAAAAGAAUUAUAUUUCUUUUACAUUCAGCUAUCACGAUUGAAUCAGCUGAAAUAAAAAUAAAUGAAGCAAAUGAACGACUUCAGAAACUAAUUCAGGGUCCCAUUAAAAGUAUUGGAUUGGAACUAGAAAACAGCCCUGCUUACUUACACUCCCGUGCUGUAACUGCUGGUUUCCAAGAAUUUAUAGAAGCACGGACCUUUUGCUCCUUCUUGGAGAAAAAGAUGCUCAUCUCAUGGUCUCAGGUCCAGAAAGAGUUGGAGUAUGUUAUGGAAGAAAAGUCAGUGACUACCAUGUUGACGCAAUCUGAUUAUAUGUUAGGAUUAGCAGAUUUGACAGGAGAAUUGAUGAGAAAGGCUAUUAACAGUAUUUCAAGUGGUGAUAGUAAUGAUUGUUUUGAGUCAUGUCAGGCAGUAAAAGAUCUUUACACUGGAUAUUUAGGAUUAUUUAGCAUAGAUAGAGAGUUAUCACGUAAAAUGUCAACAACACGAAAUAAUGUGUUCAAAGUGGAAUCAGCUGUGUAUGCACUCAAGGUGAGAGGUGGUGAAGCACCACCCACAUUACUACUUGCAGCUCAACCAGAUUGGGAGCGUAACAAUCAUUCAGAUGAUGAAGGAUUUUAUUAAUUCUGUUUAAGUUGAAAUAAAUAUGGCAUUAAAACACUU